AUGGCAGACACCGCCCAACUAAGCGCCCUAAAGGCCUUCCUCAAAGGCCAUCCCACUAUCAGGUACACCCCUCCUUCAUCUCCUGAGUACGCUUCCGCACGCAAGGUUUGGAACAAUGCUCGUCUCAACAAUCCACUGGCUGUAGUUCAGCCGCAAUCACCCUCUGACAUCUCCGCCAUUAUUAAGUUCGCCAAAUCCAAUUCCGUCCCAUUUACACUCCGUUCGGGAGGCCACAAUUUGGAAGGCCUCUCUGUGGUUAAGAAUGCCUUGCUCAUUGAUCUGCGUGCUUUGAACACAGUUACUAUCGCGUCGGAUCGGAAAACUUGCACGGUUCAAGGCGGCGCUCUGCAAGAAGAGCUCGGUAGUGAACUCUGGGAAGAGGGCUUGGUCACGCCAACAGGAGCUAUCCCAAGUGUAGGUUACAUUGGUUGGGCCACAUACGGCGGUUAUGGGCCGUUCUCCUCGCAAUGGGGUUUGGGAGCUGACCAGAUUCUCGGCGCCACCGUAAUUAACCCUGAUGGAGAAAUUAUAACAGCCGAUAGAACCCUCCUACAAGGCAUCCGCGGCGCUGGGGGUCUGUUUGGUGUGAUCAUUGAUCUGACAGUCAAAGUCUAUCCUCUCACUAGCCUCCUCGCUGGCACCAUUAUCUACGACUCCACUGAUAUCACUAAGACCUUUGUGGACUUUAAUGCUGCCUACCAAAUGAUCCUCGACUCUGAAGGUCUCCCUCCGCAACUGACCAUCCAACAAACGGCAGUGAACACUCCAACUGGCCGCUGCUUUGCCGUCAUCUUCGUCUGGAGUGGCUCCGACAUCGACGAGGGCCAGCGCUGGAGCGCAAAAGUUGGUGGCCUAGUUCCUCUAAUUAUGAAUACUGUUGCGGUCACCACCAUCCCAGAGUGGUUCACCGGAACUGGCGCGUUAGUCCCAACAGGCGUCUUUGGCUCCAGUGUCACGCACAACAUCAGCAGCAUUCCACAAACGGUGGCUGAGACAAUUGGCCGUAACCUCGAGCGUAUGCCCAUUGAUCCAUGCACUAUGUUUUCCAUUCAUCAGCUGCGCGGCCCAUCAGCGACGCAGUCGGAUUAUUCGUCUGUCUUCGCAACCCGUGAGCCACACUACAUGCUUGAGAUUCUUGCAUUUGUGACGGAGGAGAGGAGGAAGAAGGAAGCGGAGAAGUGGGCAGUACAGAUGGCAAAGGAGAUUGAACAGGCCGAUCCGAGUAACGUCCUGCCCACGAAAUAUUUGUCUCUAUACAGUGGUGCUCAGGCGGAGACGCCGGAUGUGGUUCUCAAAAAGGCGUAUGGUUCGAACUCGGACGUGGUAAAGGGCCUGAAGUCCAGAUUUGAUCCGAAUAACGUGUUUAAAUUGACUGUGCCGGCGAUGGAGUAA